CUGCUGCUCUUUCGCUGCCGCUGGUCUGCUCCUCUGAGCCUGUCGGUUGGAUACAGCGAGCCACCAUCCAGAAAUGGUGUAGAAUAUCAGAAAAAAAACAGCGAGGGAAGAGCGGCCAGAAAGAGGAGCGAGGCUACAAGGCUUUACGAUAACGGUUCAGGAGAGCCAUUCAGAAGAGCCGGGGGUCAAAGGUGAGAAGAGCAGAGGGCACCAUGGAGAGUGAACUGGAGGCCCCUGCCUCCAUGGCCAACAGUACCGGGACCACCGCCCCCUCCACCUCCAGCACCACAGCUGCCAGCAGUAGUAGUACCUCUAACACUACUACUACUACUACUACUACUACUUCUUCUAACACUUCCACUAGUAAUAGUAAUAGUAGUAGUAGUAGUAGCAGUACUACCAGUAUUAGUACAACAACAGGCAGACAGGCAGUGCCUCAGAUAUCGGUUUACAGCGGGAUACCUGACCGACAAACAGUGCAGGUGUUCCAGCAGGCAUUACACAGACAGCCUAACACAGCAGCACAGUACCUGCAGCAGAUGUACGCUGCUCAGCAGCAGCAUCUGAUGUUGCAAACUGCAGCUCUCCAGCAGCAGCACAACCUGAGCACCGCUCAGCUCCAGAGCCUGGCUGCUGUACAGCAGGCCAGUAUUGCAGCUGGCCGGCAAAGCUCUUCACAGAAUGGCACUUCAGCCCAGCAAACAGGAUCUACUCAGGCUACAAUCAACCUGACCACCUCCCCAGCGGCAGCCCAGCUGAUCAGCCGGGCCCAGAGCAUUAGUUCCACCCCCACCAGUAUAUCUCAGCAGGCUGUUUUGCUGGGCAGCCCAUCUAGCCCCACUUUCACAGCCAGCCAGGCACAGAUGUACCUGCGUGCACAGAUGGCCCAGCAGAGUAACCUGGUGCAGGUAGCCAGGAGCCUGGGCCGGGCUGUUCCUCUGUCCCCGCAGCUCAUCUUCACCCCAACGGCCACUGUAACGGCUGUCCAGUCAGAGAGCUCCUCCUCACAAAAUCAGGUCCAGAAUCUGGCCAUCCGCAGCCAGCAGGUGGCGACCACGUCCUCUUCUCAGACUCAGACCCUGCAGGCUCUCAGUCUAAAGCAGAACCCUGUGCCUAUCCAGCCCGCCUCACUAAUUAAGAAUACCAGCCAAGGAGCGCAGGUCUCCACAGGAGGGAAGGCCUGCUCCUCUGACAGUUUGUCUGAAGGAGGGAGGAAGGGGGACAGUGCAGCGGUCACAGAAGUUCGAGCUAUAAACAUGAGCCGCAACGUCACAGCUGUCAGUGCUCAGCCCCUGAUCACUCCAGCAUACACACAGAUUCAGCCCCACUCCCUGGUUCAGCAGCACAAGCAGCAGCAGUUUGUGGUUCAUCAGAGUCAAAGUACCCAGAGGAACGCGGGCCAGCUGCUGCAGACGGCCUCCAUUCAACCAUCACAGCACCCUGUCCCCGUCCUGCCCAAACCUGCUCCACACCAGCCCUCCACACCCAGCCAGCAGGCUACCAUCUUCCACUCUACCAUCAGCCCCCAUGCCCUCCACUCCUCUCUAAACCAUGCCAAAGCUCAGCCCGUCCAGCUCACUGCCAUCAACCUACAAAUACAGCCAACAGCCUCCCGACUUGUUCAGGACUGUAAAGAUAAGCCAACCUCACUGGUUGUCAGAGAGACAUGUCCAACCCCCACUAUGCAGCAGCAGCAGCAGCAUCAGCAGCAGCAGCCGCCUCAGCUCCAGCUCCAACAACAACAACAGCAGCAGCAGCAGCAGCAACCUGCGCCUUCGCCAUCACAACCCACCAAGCCUGUAGAGCAACCCAAGGUCGCCCCGGCCUUACCAGCUGUUCAGCCACAAGGAGGGGGCACAACCAAGAGGCAGAGCGCUGCACCUGGGACCCCACCUCCAGCCAUGACCUCAGGAAAUGAGAGCGAGGCGCCCACUGUGACGGGCAGUACGCCGCAGAACGGAGAGAACAAACCGCCCCAGGCCAUCGUCAAGCCCCAGGUCCUCACACAUGUCAUAGAAGGCUUUGUUAUCCAGGAGGGAGCUGAGCCGUUCCCCGUGUGUGUGGAGCGUCUCCCCAUUCUUAUCGACAGCCCAAAGAAGCUGGAUCAUCAGCUCUCCUCAGACCCUGACAAAACCCCGGUCAGCAAUGCAGCAAACACUGACUCUGAGCCUGAGGACAUGAACGAGCCAGAAAAAGAGCAAGAACCCAAGCUGACAUGUGAAUACUGUGGCUGGGUCGACUUUGCCUACACGUUCAAAGGCUCUAAAAGAUUCUGCUCCAUGGUUUGUGCAAAGAGGUACAAUGUGGGCUGUACGAAGAGGAUAGGACUUUUCCAUCCAGAGAGGACUAAACCGACAAAUCGCUGGCGUAGAAGAUCUCAGGGCCGCUCCAGUAUAGAGGCUAAGAAGCGGAAGCUGUCCCCCUCACCACAGCAGACUCUGGGCGGUUCUGUAUCCUCACCACAUCCCUCACAGCCCAGUCAGGAGGAGUCCAGCCCGUGUUCGGACAUGUCCAGCUACGAGGAGCCGCCGUCUCCUCUGUCGGCUGCCAGCUCAGGACCCCUGGCUCCUGUUCCGGCCCCAGCUCAGGUCCCCGUCCACCGGCACCCGAGCAGGGCAUCAGACCAGGAGGGCUGCGCUGGGAGAGAUGUACCUUCACUCUGUCAGCGCUUCUUACCCAACGACCCCACCAAGUGGAAUGUGGAAGAAGUUUAUGAGUUCAUCCACUCACUGCCAGGCUGUCAGGAAAUAGCAGAUGAAUUUCGCUCUCAGGAGAUUGAUGGACAGGCCUUGCUCCUGUUAAAGGAGGACCACCUCAUGAGCACCAUGAACAUUAAACUGGGACCUGCACUCAAGAUCUUUGCACGCAUCAACAUGCUCAAAGACUCUUAGCAGGAAAGUGUGUUGUGCUCUCCUGAAUUUAUCUUGGGAGUAUGUGUGUGAGUGUAAAACUUUGGCACAGGGCAAGUGAUGCAUCAUUGUAACACUGACAACACAGACUGACUGCACCAUGACCUCGGCUUUGACAGAGAACCUCUCUUCAGCUGGCACUCAUAUUCACCUGUCUGUUCAGUACUCGCGUGACCAUGUAAACUUUGUCAUCUGCUGGACUGAUGGUGGUCAUAUUAGAGCUGCAGCACUAACAGGGGUUAAGUAGUUCUCUGGUAGGUAGAAACAAUGACAUCGGUGUUAAAUCCCAGAAUGUUGAUCUUCACAUUAAAUUAGGGCUGGACAAUAACAAUAAUUAUUGCGAUACACUUUUUUUCAAUAACAAAACGAUAAUAUAACAAAUGUUUAAUAAAUAUUCAAUAAAUAUUGAUUUUAUUCACUUGGAAUCAUACACAA